AUGGAUCGGACGCCGUCGUCGUGUUGCUCGCAACCGGCGUCCACGUACAAUAACUAUGGGGCGGCGGACGCGACCAUUGGCGGAUAUCCGUCGUCAUACAACGGUCACGCCCCGCUUACGUCAUCGUCGUCUUCUUCGUCAGCGGCCGCCACCACCGCCACUACGGUUAUCGGCGUCGGAAUGUCCGCGGACGAUGGCCAAGGGUGUUUCUGUUGCGACAGUGAUGACGACAGCGUAGAACGGGCACGCGUAGCCCACGCGAAACGUAAGUGCUACAAGAGCUGUCUGCGGAAUGCGUUCGUGUGCGCUCUGCUCGUGUCGUAUACAUUCGCCGGAGCGCUGAUAUUCCUCAGUAUUGAGGGUGACGUGGACGCCGCAGACCUAGACGACGAGGGAGGUGGCGGUGGCAAUAGCUUGGGUGGCUCCGGUGGCCCGGUCCGGCUGGCUGGUCUGAUGCCAGCCCAACCCCAGAACCUAACAGUCGCCUCGAGGGCGGCCGCGGCUGCUAUUGACGAGAGCCGAGCCCGCACCGUGGAAACUAUAUGGGAAAUCACGGUCAAUCUAAACAUACUGUACCGGGAGAACUGGACGAGGCUGGCCUCUCAGGAGCUGAACCGUUUUCAGGAAGACCUGAUACGCCGGCUGAUGCAGCAGAUGGAGAUCGAAUCGGCCGCCGUCAGCUAUCACACGGGCGGCAGCAGUGUAAGUUUCGAUCACGACGGCGGUGAUUCCGUGGACGGCCCGUUCGAAUGGAACAUGGCCACGUCGUUUCUAUACUGCCUUUCCAUACUCACCACGAUCGGUAAGUGCGUUUCCGAGGUUCAUAUGAAGUGAGAUUUAUCGCGUCAUAGGAUCUGUCAUUUCAAACAUAGAUAGCAUAAUAGUUUAUGACGAUUAACGUCACGACAGAUCACAAAAACCGGGUUAAUUAAUUGAAUGGCCCAGCCAUGCAUAAUUUUUAACUAAAAUGUAUAAAAAGAGCUGAUACUGGGGAUGCAUAGAGUUAUUUCAUUUAUAUCUGCAAGCAAUGAUAAACUAUUGUUUGACGGCAAUACUUGAUAAUAUAAGUAUUAUUACUAAAGACCGGAUUUAUAUUCUCUUAAAACACCUAAAAUAUAAUGCUAAUAUUCUAUCCUAAACUAUUCUCAUAAUAUUCUCUUAGAAGUUUGAAAAUUAUGCAAAAAUAAUCAAUGAACAUCAAUAUAUGCUUUAAUAUGCAAUUUGUUUAAAUUUUUUUUUUACCACAUUCCAUAAAUAAUUAGUGAUACUUGUUUAUCAAAAUAGAAUAAUAGUGCAGUCAAGUAUAUAAAUAAUAUAACAUUAUAGGGAAUUUAUUUUUAAAAACUUAAAAAUCACGUUACACGAACAGAAUAUUUACACAUUUGAAUAGCUGAUAUUGUUUGAUGAUAAAUAAAUGCGUUGAUUUUAUUAUCAGUAUGAAAACAACUGUCACCAUUGCAGAUUAGCCAUCAUCAUGUUUAGUGAACGGUAACUUAUAAUAGGUAGGUACUAAACACUAAACCUUUUUAACAAAAUGAAACAAAAAAAAUUUGAAAUGCUCAAAAUUUAUUUUUCCAGGUACUGUAUUAUUAAAAUUAAUAAUUUUUUCUCAAAAUUUACAAAAUAUUCUAAUUAUACAAAAUAAGCUAAAUAUUCCUCAACCCAUGAAAUAUUCUCAAAUAGACAAAAAAAAAAAAGGUUUUCCUACGAACUCAGAAUUAAACAUAUCGUCAACAUUUCUUACUUCCAUAAGACUGCAUAAACUCAGUAACGAUAUGUAAAAUGAUAAAAAUUCAGUAUUUAAUUAUUACCAAGUUUCAAGUCUGUACGUAUAUUUAUAACCGAAUUACAACAAAAAAAUUAAAAUCCCUUAUAAGCUCAAAAGUGGCUCAAACAUUUUGGUGAUGAUACCGUAAGAAAGUAAAUCAAGAAAGGAAAACAAAGUAGUGAUUUUUCGAUUAAAUUAUUUUUUCUGGUAGAAAACGUCGUCCGUGUUUUUAUAAAAUAAUGAAAUCGUGAAAUUGUACGUUUUCCUACGUCUUUUUCACAAUUAAUUGCUUUUAUUUAAAAAAUGACGUAUCAAUUUGUUGUGUACCAUCUAGACAACUUAAGCUUUGAGAAAAAUUGCUGUACGUAAAAAUCGGAGGAAGUUUACUAGGAAAAAACGUGUCCACAGACUAGAAGAAGAAAAAAAAAUACACAUCUUAGUAAUAUCAAUAGCUUCCUCGCUACGCUCGGAAUCUUAGAUCAAAACAAAUCGAAAAAUUAUGAUAUAUAAAACUAAUUCAUUUAUAUCUGUACUCAAUGAUAAUUCACGAUUUCCAAAUAAGACGACUUAAUCUAAAAUGUAACAAACAAUAUUUUCUCUGCUGCAUAAAAAUUGAAUUGUACGUAUAUUUUUGGAAGUCGUUAUUAAUCGCAGCCUAUUCAUCCAUAUACAAUUUAAUGUUUUUUUCGUCCAAAUUUUUCGUAAUGAAAUCUGUGUAUGAAAUCGUUUUUAGCAGGAGGGAAAAAAAUAUUUUUCACAGCUACUUUUUCAUUCGUCGUGCAUCCUCACUGUCCUAUAAGUACUAAAAACUCGUAGUCCAAAAACGAAAUCACCCAAAUAACCUAAACCGAACUAAUCGACACUCAUAAAAACAUUGAUGUAGAUAUCUAUCUUUCCAUUUAAGAAAAAUGAAAUAAAAUAGCAAAUAGAGAAGUUUUAUAAACACAAAUAUAUCAAACAUCAAUACCAACUUCAUCGAAAAAAUCUAUUCUCCCUAAAUGAUAUAACUAUUCACAUCAAUAAAAAAUAAAAUUUAACCGAAAUUCACUCAAAAUCAUAUUUCGUUCGCAGUAAUUUGUCGUCGCUUACAGAUAUAAUUUUUUUUUUUUUUUUUUUUCAUUUAUUUAAUCUACUUUAGUUGGGUUUCGCAGAUUCCGCAUGAAUCGAAACUGCAGACCACCCCACAUCAGUCUAACGCAAAAAAAAAACGGCCAACGGUCGAAUCGCGGUACACGUCCUAUAAAACCAAAAGUGCACGGGACAAAAGACACUAUACGUUUUGCAAUAAUAGUUGUCGACGCAUAAUUCAUUAUUGUAGAUUUCCUGCUGGUACAAGAACGGUUACGCGUUCGUUUACCAGAAAACGCAUUGUUUCCCCAGGAAUAAUUCCCUGUAAACGCGUCGCUGCCGCCGACACCGUGUGUGUGAAUUUAUACAUCUCUAAAUCAUUUGGUUCUUUGUGAAUUUUGUAUAGUAACAAUAUAAUAUUAUACGGUCGUAUAUACCGGAUUCGUUUCAAAGUACAAUUUGUUCGCGAGUUAAAUGUGCCGCUAAAAGUCCGUUUUCCAUUUUUAUUGUGUUACUAUUAUUCAUAUUAUUAUUACAAUAGUGGCUGACUUUCAAAUAUUUCAAUAUGUAUUCGAAAUACGUAUUUUUGUACUUAAUUGUUCUACCCUCUUUUUUUUUUUUUUUUUUUAGAGAGAGAAAUUUAAAAAAAUAUCGCGCAUCUUGUUCGAUUUUUGAGUACCUAAGGUAAAAUCGUUUAUGAAUCUGUGAAGUAUAGAAAAAUAUACCUGAAAAAUUCGAUUUCGUUUCGAAUGUCUGUUAAUAUACCUACGUUUUUCUUUUUAAGGAUUAAUAGCCUUCAAGUCCAUCCCUCUAAACAAUUACUGCUCCAUUUAUUCCCAGUCUUCGCUAUUCUAUCCAUUGUACUCUAGGUUCCACAGUUACUAUGUACCUGACAAAACAAUCAUCCCGUCUUAAGCGAAUUAUUCAUGGUGAUUGCUGAUAGUUGAUUUUUGGAUGAUUUUGUUUAAUUUUUAACAUACGCAAAAAAAUAUUAUUUUUUAUUAUAAUUUUGAAGAAAACUUUACUGGCCGAAAAGUGACACUUGCCGAAAAAGGAAAAAUACAUUUUGGGUAAAAAUGCCACCCGUGUAUAUGUUACUAAUAGACCGAGACGAUAUAAAGUAACAAUAUAUUUUUAAAAUAGCGCCUUUCGUGAACACUCGCAUAAUAUUAUACAUAUAUAUAUGUAUAUAGGUAAAAAGCGAAAAUCUGAUACCUUGCCAACCAAAAUCCAUGAUGAAUCUGUUGGAAGAUUGUCAGUAAAAGAAACGUUGAAACUGAUGGAGAUUUAGUCCACAACGGUGAACUUUGGAACGAGAUUCGACAAUAAAACAGUUUCAAACUGUUGAGUUUUGAAAUGUCUAUAGCUAUUAUCAUUUUCAUUAAACAUCGUUGAAUUUUAGAAAUAAAUAAAUAAAAUAAAUAUUCCAUUGAUUUUUAUGUCAGAUAUUUCUCUCUUAGAUAGAGUAGUUUAUACUCCUCCACGCACACGAUGAGGCAAAAAAAAUAUUAAUCAACAAUGGCCGGCUAUACUGCGGUUCACAAGUGUUACUUCGACGACAAAUAUGAACUUCGAUAGUCGGAUUACAUGAUUUGAUCGUUAAAUGUUUAACAUGACGGGGUUGAUUUAUCUAAACAAUUCCUUAUAUUUUUUAUUGUUCCACUUAGUAUAAUUGAUAUAUUGGGAUGAUGUUUAAAAUUCGACAAUUUUUUCAACUGAUAUUUUGAACGUAUUUUACCAUAAAAAGAAAAUAGAUUAGAUACUUUUAUUUGCAGAUAAAAAUAGGGAUAUUUAAAACAUAACGAAUUAUUCUUAUUUUUUUUUCUGAAGUUCUUAAACAAUAUGUCAAGGUGUUAAUAAAAAUAUUGUUAAAUAUAAUAAUAUUUUAUAUGUUUAAAGUUAAAUUUUAAACAUCGCCUAUUAUUACUUUUAAAGUAUACCGAAAAUAGUCAAAUAUUGCAUACUAUUGUUAUACUCGUAUCUUAUACGAAAAGUAGAUGGAUAGAGAGGAUCUGUAUCCUCUGCAAAAUUAAUAUCUUCAGCAACACAUAAUAUUUUGUUUGUUGCUGCGUAUAAAUUGAAAUAUUAGGGGAACCAAUAUUCACCCCCAAGUCGGUGGUGACUAGCCGGUCAAUAUCGUCGACGAUUUUUUUUUUUCUGAUCUAAUAAUGUACCGGAAUAAUAAAAUGGAAUUUGCGUUUAUAAUGCCGCAGUAUAAUAAGACGAUCGCAUAUUAUAUUAUACAUAUAUUAUAAUAUGACCGAGAUAUUUCAUUUUUUGUUCUCCCACAAAACCCGUAUCAAAUUCCUGUUUCGAUCAAAACACGUGGUGUAUUUAAUAAUAUGAUCGCCGGUCGACGGGCAAUAUAUAUUUUCAGCAUCGUUUUUAAAUAAUUAUUUUAGAUUCUGAAUAGAAUGAGGAAUGCAUUGGUUUUACAAUGGUGUUUUUUUUUUUAUUUAUUUGAACAAUUUUUACCAGAAAGCAUACUCCGAUUAUCAAGUAUGACACUUUUUCUGAAAGAAAAUUUUUUUUAGGUGGUACUUUAGAGAGGUCAUUUUAUGAAAUCCUCAUAAAAAUUAGAGAUAAUGAGGAAGACCGAGGUCUUUAGGUUAAAAAAGAUUGAAAGAUUAAAAAUAAGGUUGUCAUUGGCAACCGUUUUUAUUUAUUUUUUUGUUAUUAUUAAGUUUCUAUUAUUUUAAUCUUUGCUAAACAAUCAUUGUUGUCAUGGAAAUGCACAUUAUUUUAAUCAUUUUACCAUAAUAUGACAUAAUACCAUGUAUUGUAUUAUUGACAAAGCAACAUUUUCAGCUGAACUUGGCUCAGAAUCGAUUUUUCGUUAGCAAUGGUUUAUCUUUGCCUACAGAUAAACAUUAAAUUCCCGUAUGUAUCCUACCUUCCCAACAUCCUAUCAACAACAGUGGCUGCACCCACGUGUGAAAUAUUUCUCUGUUAUAAAACUUAAUAUUUAUUGUGAUAAUCGUAAAAUAAAUUAAAUUGUUUACCUACGCAAACAAUUUUCACGUGGGCUAGAACCAUUAAUAAAGGAGGUCGCUAUAUAGCUCUAUAUUAUAAAGAAAUGAAACUUUGCGAUAAAAAAAUUAUUUAAAAAAAUGGAGACAUUUAACUGUACAACAAUGUUUAUAGUGUUUUAAUAUCGACAUUAUAAAAUAAAGGUUUUCGAUUUUGAAAAAUUAUAAGAUUUUAAAUUAAUAGGUAAUACUAUAAGUCUGUAUGUUAGUGAUAUCGAUAAAAAGAAGCUAAAAAUGUUGUUCGUAGGUAAUAAAAAAGUUUUCAUUAUUUACGGCGAAAAUUUAGGUUUUUUAAUAUUAAGACUAUAUAUAUUAUGCAUAACAUCACUAAACGGUUUUCACUAACUAUUUAUGGACGCGUUCCACAAAGAGCUUACCAAGAAAAACCGCUGAAAAAUGUCUUAAAAAAUGAGUGUCCCUAAUUUUUAACGUCAUUAUAGGGUGCUCACUGUAGCUUAUAAUAUAUAUUUUUAUUAUUUUUUUUUUUAUAUAAUAAAUAAAACAUCUUAUUAUAAUAUUUGUAAUAGGUAACAGAAAAAAGUUUUAUUUGUCAUAAAAUAAUCAUUUGGAGCAUACGUAUUUUUUUAAGUGGUAGGAUAUGAGAACUUCAUUUAUUAUUAUAAAAAGACUAAAGUUUCUACUUUCUAUUUGUAGAAAACACAGCAUAUAUUAGAAAAAAAUAUAUAUUUAUAAAAUGCUCGAAAUUGAAAGAAGGCCUAUUUAUAAUUAUUUUUCAGAUAUUUUCUGAACGCAGCGAUGUGUGCUAUUUUUAGGUACUGAGCGAAGCGAAGAAUGUAUUGAUUUUACUUUAUUGUAUUCUAGUAGAGAUUUUUUUACCAGAAAUUUUUUCCAAUUAAAAAAUACCAAAAAAGGUUUUUUGUAAAAUUUUGUAUCUAAUGAGAUAAAAAAUAACCUAUAAAUAACAUAAUUUUAUCUUUUAUCUAAAUUUAUAGAUACUAAAACUUCAUAUUAAUAAUUAUUUUUAUUUAAUAAAUACAUACAGAUAAUGAAUUAUAAGUAUUUCCCAAACAUAAAAAUUCCUAAAAGUAUAAUUUUUUCUAAUCGCCAUCUUGAAAAUUAACAAAUAUAUCACAUAAUUAUGUUUUUUACCAUACAAAUUAAUGUUUAAUAUUAAAAAAAAAAAAUACUAAGUAUUAAAGAGGUAUCUAAAAUAGGUAUACCGCUUUGAAUAUUGCACUAUAUGUUUUGUAUCUGAAUAACCUACAUUAUUUUUAAUAUACUUUUUUUAUGACAUUAAUUAAUAAAUGUAUUCAAUAAUUAUUUUUAUUUAAUAUUAUUAUCUUUAUUAUUUAUUUAUGUCAUGUAGUUUACCGAAAAUUAUAUAUUUUUGAAUAUAAUAAUAAGCGAAGAGGCUUAGGUUAUAAGUUGACCGGUUCUACGUACUCUGUACAGACUUAUGGCCAGACAGUCUAUUGCAGAGGAAAGUUCAUUCUAUAAAUUAUUUUAAAAAUAAGCUGUACAGGUAUUAGAUGGAAUUGUACUUAUAAUAUUUAACCCGUGAUAAAAUCCUAAUAUCAUGGAAUUUGUUUAAAUAUAUUAUUGGGGAGGUAUGUUAUACAAAGUGCCUAGGAAACAAUAUUUUUUUCGCAUUUAAGUAUGUACUAUACAAUCGUAUUAAAUAUUAAUUUUAUGUUCAUUCAGAGGUAAUUUCCAAAAAGCUCAGAAACUAAAAUCAGAAUUAAAAAAAAUUAUUUAAAUGAUAAAAAAAAGUUAUGUACCGAGAUGCCCUGCAGAAUAUCGAAACACACAAUAGUAUAUUUUUUUUUAUACAAUAUACAGUUUCGAAAAAAAACCUCUAUAGUGAUUUGAUUUUUUAAUAAGAUAGUUAAAUUCCGUUUUAUUAUACGGCUCGUUCGAAAUACUCGGAAUCGGACCCUUGAGCUGCGUACAGAUAUUAUUUUAUUAGUAAAAAACCUCUCCUCUCGUCUUAUUUUAAUUUUAUUUUCGCUCGAAAAUUCUUGAUUGAAUUUUGUAUACAUAGAUAAUAAUAGGUGUUAUUAUUUUGUAAUUACCAAGUACAAAAACAAAGAAUAUUUUAUUCACCGCGUACGUUUGUUCACCUGAUAUAAAUUUGUAAUAUUUGCUGAAAACUCGUAGGCUCAUUUGAAAAUUCCUUACGCUUGUUGUCAUUUUAUAUUUUUUAAAUAUUAAACAAAAAAAAAACAAUUAACUACCCACCAAAAUAACAAAAAUUUUUUGUAUAACUACCCGCAGACAUUAAAAUGUUUGCUAGCGAAUUUCAUUUAUAAUUUGUAAUAAAAGGUUUUAUGUAAAUUACAUUUGAGUAUCGGCAGGUUUUUGGAUUUAUUUUAAAGUUCAAAAUUUGCAGUAGCUCUGGGCAAUCAAUUAUAUUCUUAUAUAAUAAGUAUGAAAACUUCAAUUUAAUUUGUGAUUAUAAAUCGCUGUUCUAACAUUUGCAUGUUGAAAAGCUGUUCUAGGAAUAAGGACGAGUGCAGUCACUGUUAUGUUCACCUGUGAAGUUGGGAAGGUAGUAGAGAGGAAAUUUAAUGUGUAUCUGUUAGUAACGAUAAAUCAUUGCUAACGAAUAAACGAUUCUAAGCAGAUGUCAUAUUAUGGUAAAAUAAUUACACAUGCAUUAUAAAUUUUCUUUAAUAAUAUUUGUUUAAUAUUGUACCUUUUUUCCUGAUUUUUCUAUUUAUAGGAAAGGUACUAACCUUCCUAGUCCGAUUUCCCUUAGAAAAAAUGCUAUUAUUGUAGAUCGGAGCCAAAUUGCUUGUAGGAAAGUUGUCUACGGAAAAAAAAAAAAGAAAAAAAUAAACAUCAUGGUUUUACAUCAUUGUAAAUCAAUACAUGCCUCGCUCCACUGUGAAACUAAAAAAUAAUUAUUAUAUCAUAAUCAGAAUGUGGAAAUCUAAAAAUAAAACAUUGGUAAUAGAAAAGUCUGAUAAAAUUAUUCUGGAUUUAUUUUAAAUUUUGAAUUUGUGUUACUAAAUAUGGAUAUCAAAUCAAGUUCGGACAAUCAAAAUGCGAACGAACUAGUGAAUAGUAUAAUGAUUUGAAUGCAUACUCACCUUUUAAAUUUCUUGUGACUGCCCUAAUGAUAAGAUAAACAUUUUAUAACAAAAGAAAACAUAGAAUAUAACCUUAAGUUUUAAUCCCGUCUAUCUCUUUUCCAGAAAACAUUUUAAUACAAUUUUUCGAAAUUAGAUGCCAAAAAUGUACGGUCCCCUUUUAGAAAACGUUACUGAUGUAUAAAAAAAACUUAACCUCAAGUAUUAUAAUAUUGUACCUAUCUUUCUUCUUUUUUUUAAAAAAAAUUUGUGACCUGCAGUUUCAAUUUCCGAAAUCAUCUUUGAAUACACAGAAGCUACUACGGAGUAUAAUAAAGACAAAUUACGAGAAAUACAUAUAGCAAAAAACAAAAAAAAUUUUUUUGAUCUCGCAUUUCUCUGUAUAUCGUAAGCUCAACUUAUCGCUGAAGCAAUACAUAUAUUUAUUGCACUUGCAAUUCGAAUAAUGUACGAAAUAAAUGUCGUCGUAGCAACGAUUGAAAGAACACUCCCGGAGCUUAAAUUCCAAGUAAAUGCCACCGCGUUAUACCUUUGAAAUGCCGCGCAUAUUAGUGGCUAUAUCGAUAAAAAAAAAAAUGAAAACUUAAAUGAAAAAGAAUAUUCUGAGAACAUUGUGGUAAAGUAUUUAAAUGGAAUAAGUAAAAAAAAAAAAUUACUUCUUUUAAAGUAUCAUAAAUCGCACACUUACUCGGUUAUAUUUACAAUAAACCUAAUAUUACAAUAUGCGCCAUUAUUAUACAGUUUUCAGUCACAUAUUUAAUUUGAACAAAGAAAGACUAUUGAAAAACAAAAACAAAAAUGAUUCAUUCGUUUACGCUUCCACGCUGAAAAUAAUAUUAUCUCGCUAGAAACCAAUGGUGGAGGUCACAUCAAGAUUUAACUUACUCUACAACUGACCUAACUAGCGGUGUUAUUAAAAAAAAAUACUUAUAAACAGUGAAAUAUUUACAGAGGAUAUAGGAUUUUCACCUUCCCCACCCCAGAGUUAUACAAUUUCUAUAAUAUUUAUAGACUUGGUAUGAUUUAAGUGGACUUGGCCGUCUACAUUGAGUUAAUGCAGCCUCUCCCCUCCAAAUAAAAAAAAUCGUAAAUACGUCAUUGCUGGUACACAAAUUGGUUACGAAUAUAAUAUUAUUUUAAUAAAAUCACUAUUAGGAGCCGAUACAGAAUAUUUGCAAAUGAUACCCACUCAAACUUGGUAAUUUAUACUACCAAGUCAGCAAUUUAAAAAUUUAAAAUAGACGAAAUUAAUAAUUACUUGGUUUUUUAUUUUUUAGAGGGUUGGUAAAUAUGUUAUGGAGUGAUUACUGUUUUAGUAAUAAUAUAACGUUAUAAACUACUUUAUUAUUUUAUUAUCAUAUAUCAAAUAGUAUAAAGUAUAGAUGAGUAAAAUAUUUUUUAAAAAUAUUCAAUAGCACCCGUCUGUCGAAUUUUGUUAGUGCGACCGGCUCCCCCAGGAUUGCAUAUAGUUAUAGGAGUACGAAAAUUAUAUGAUAAUAAAAUUAUAUUAUUGUAUCCUAUACACGUGGGAAAGACUCAUUCGAACCGCCUCGAUAAAUUCCGAUAACAAUCGAUUCGCGUCUCCCGGAGUGGAAUAUUAUAUUUCCAGUUUCAAGUUACCUUCUCCCUACAUACAUGCUGCAGUUAAAAAAAAUAAAAAUACGAAUUACAAUUAUGCAGUUUUUUUCAUAUACCUAGUACGGAUAGGUUUAAAUCUGUUUUUAAUUUGUUAUCAAUAUCCAUAUAUACACGUAGCUUUGGAAAUGAUUCCGCAUUAAUGGUUAUUUGACCAUCACGAGUAUUGCAUAUAAAACUGAUGUAAACCUAAAAUAAUAAAAUAACAUAAAAUAACCAUUGACUGCAAAAAAGUUUAUAAUCUUUCUUCUUUGAAUUUCGGUCAAUAGUAUUUAAAUUUUAAAUUCCCUUCUUCACCCAGAAAUCAGCAAUUUGAAUUGCAUUGUGUUUUAAUUGUUUUCUUAAAAAAUCCAUCAUCUUUCCUCUUACUGGUAACAUUGGGCAUUCCAUUAAAUGGUUUGUUGUUUGCACGUUACCACACUCACAAUCUGCGUCACUUCCCCCAUUUGCUCAUAUUUUAUUUCAGAUCUUAUUCUGUUAAUAGUCUUCCAUGUACACCAAGAUAAGUCUAUCCUAAAGAAAGGAAUUCUGCCGGAUGUCCCCAUAGUUCAUUUUUGUCGUUAUCGAUGGUGACUCGCUCAUGCCACUUUUUUAACUAAAUUACAGUUUGCAGUUCUGUGACUACCAAAUAGUGCGAUGGGUUCACUGAUUUUAAUAAAUGGUUUUCUAGAUAAUAUUAGUCUGUUAUUAAUUUGAACUUUACCAAACAUGGGCUGUCUAUGGUCAACUAACUGUUUUUUUUCCUUUUCGCCUAUUUCUCUUCUAAUGUCUGGAAGAGCAAACCCACCCAAAAUCUGAAUCUUUUAUUUUGGUGUGAGUCUUAAACAUCCAGUAAUUAUUCUGUUUAUGUUGUGUAGGGCUACGUCUUCUUGUUAUAAUUCUAAUAACAAUAAAUUGAUGUGUCACGAACACGGUAUUUAUGGAAAAUAAAUUGUUUAGUUCAAAACCACGAAAACUAUUAGUAUGUAAUUCACAAUCAAUAAGUAGAACAAAAUACACAUUACUCAUAGAAAAUAUAUAUGUGUAUAAAAAAUAAAUUUAAAAAGUCAUGAUAUAUUGUUACAUAAAAAUUAUAAAUAAAAUGCAUAGUUGCUAAUAUAAGUGUCGUGUAAAGAUAAUUGUGGGAACUUUGUCGCCGUAGAUCUAUGAUGUGUCUAUAAUGUUAGUAUCCCUAAUGUUGGUGGUCUAAUUGUGCUUAUUCAUACAAGAUAAUAUACAUGAUACGGCACGGCUCUCGGGCUGUGGCGUCGAUGCGCCGUUGUUGAUUUUCUCGAUAAGUAUACUUACGCGUGACUGUCAACAUAGCAUAUACUUGUGUGUUUACGUGGUGUUUGUAAUUUCGUUUUCUUACGCCAUGUAGUGCUUUAUUCAGUGUUUGUUAAAUAGUGUUAAACAAAAAUCAAAAUGAAAAAGUUUUUAAUACAUUUUUCAAAAUCAAAAUCUAAUAGAAAUAAUUGAGGAGACAAACCAAAGUCUCCUUCAAUACAUACAAAUGAGCUGUUCUAAUUAAACAUUUAAUUCUUAUGCUGAACUUCAACCAGCACAAAGUAUAGGAUUCAACAUAGGUUUAAAUUUUGAUCAAUCCCCAAUACAGCCAAACAUAUCGUGUAUUCCUCAUUAGAUUUUUUAUCCAUUAGAUUAACAACCCAAUGGAUUUCGAUGUUCCUUGAACAAUUUUAAACAUCUUAUUUUCAAUCCGAUUGCUUUUCGAUACAUCCGAUUGACAACCAACAAACAUGGCUGGUGCACGAGAUGAUGGAAAGGACGUUAGAUUGAUAAGAUUUGUUAUCAAUAGAUGAGUUAAUAAAUAUUGAUAAUUAAAUUAUUUUACCUACCUAAUUCGAUCUAUGAACUUAUACGUCACAUGCUGUUGUAUUCUUAAACUUGAUUCUAAUUUAAAUUUUCAAACUAAUUUACUAAGAAUAAAUAUUAUGUCAGACCAAUUUAAAAUUAGUAUUUGUUUAACAAUAAGAAAACUUAGGAGAAUACGUUUUAUGUAAUAUAAUUCAGGAAGGUAUUACUUGUUUUAACUUUAGUUUUAUACUUUCUAUUAUAAUUUUUAAUUUUGAAGAAAAAAAAAACAUAUAUGUCCACGGAAUUACGUCUUAUACAAAAUG